CACACACAAAUUAUGGUGCCUGAUGAGAGUGGGGAAAUUAUGGUUCGGAUUUUUGUUCUACUUCCACUCACAGAUGACAUAGUUCCAUCGCAUUCUCACCAUGUUAUCGACUGAAAGCUUUGGUUAUCGCUGGUCUUUCUCGCGCGUGGGGGAGUUUUUUCUCUCCUUGUUUUUCUAGUGGGUGGCAUUGGCUGUGUACGAUCGUUAUCCUCAUGGUCCCUUCAUUUGUCUGGAAAAAUCUGUAGUAGCAAGAAGGAGUUCAAAGUGUACCGAGUGAUAAUUAAGUGCAAAUUACAAGGGCAAUUUUAUUUUUGACGAUGGCAACAAAACGAUGGAGAAGUACUGGCGGAUUGUAUCACAUCCGCAAUAAAAGGAUGCGCAUGAUGGAUGCGGAAUGGGAAAAUGAACGGCGCGAGGAAAACCAGCUGCGCGAGGAAAUCGUGCGCCCUUCGACUAGCCAGCUUGCACAGUCGACCUCGAUUGCUUCGGAUGAGCCGGAAUCGUUUGAUCACAUUGUGCAAGGAAGCUCAUUGCAUGAAUCGGACCAUCGCGAUGACGAUGCAAGUGUGUGCACGGAUUUUGACGAUAUCGCCAAUUGCUACGAUGAUAUGGACGAUACGCUAAGUAAUUUGAGCGAGGACAGUGAAAGCAGUGUUCACGAUGCCGAGGACAGGGAUAAGCGCAUCAAGGAAAAACUACGUUUUUGGGCACUGUCAUCAAAGACGACGCAUUUUGCACUGAGUUCUCUUUUAAAAAUUUUAAAAGCAGAAACAAAUUUUAAUUUGCCGAAAGAUGCUCGCACAUUACUGAAGACACCAUCGUCCACGUCUACUGUUAUCAAAGACAUUGGAGGAGGCCAGUUCUGGUACAAUGGUGUUAGUAACUGCCUGAAAGCAUACUUCACCAACUUGAACCCAAACCACUCCACCGUUUGGUUGGAUUUCUCGAUGGAUGGCCUGCCUAUCCACAACAGCGGCCCGACACAAUUGUGGCCAAUUUUGAUGAGGGUGUGUGAUCUGCCCCAGGCUCCUAUCUUCGUCGUGGCCAUCUUCUGCGGAAAAUCCAAACCAUCCAGUGCGGAAGAGUUCCUACGACAGCUGGUCACGGAGCUGAACGAACUGCAGUCGGAUGGCAUAGAUUUGAGUGGCAGCAUGUUUAAAGUUCGCAUCAAUACCAUCUUGGCAGACACCCCUGCGCGAGCGUUCGUUAAAGGAAUUAUAGGACAUAGCGGGCACGAUUCUUGCCUCAAGUGUACAGAGCGUACCAGGUACGAUCAUUUGUCGCGCCGGAUAUACUUCGUCGGCAUUGACGCACCGAACCGCACAGAUGCACUGUUCCGGGAUGGAACGUACCGGGGUCAUAUUAGACACUCCACUCCUCUUAUAGACCUCGCCAAUUUCGACAUGAUUAUGGACAUACCAACAACGGAUCGACUACAUUUGGUUGACUUGGGCGUAAUGCGGCACCUAAUGAGGUCGUGGAGAAGCGGAGCAUUCGGAGAACAGUAUAAGUGGGACAGGGCGGAUGUUGGAUUCAUCACCAGCGUCAUGGAAAGCGUCAAACUACCAUCGGAAGUGCCUCGAAAGCUGCGAGGAAUUCAGCACCUGAAUUUUUGGAAAGGUACUGAAUUCAAAAACUUUCUGCACUAUCCCAGCAUCGUGGCACUUAAGGAUACGCUUCCGAGAGAAGCUUAUGAGCAUUUUAAGUUGCUCUUUUGUUCGAUAACGAUUUUUUCGUCACCAGCUCAUGAGCAGUACUAUGAACUGGCACAUCAAAUGCUUGAACAAUUCGUUCAAGACUAUGCUACCUUGUACGGUGAAAGUACUAUAACCAGCAAUGUGCAUAACUUGAAGCAUAUGUACGAUGACGUGUGCCGCUUUGGGGUGCUGGAUGAUUAUUCCACAUACCCAUUUGAAGGUAUGCUUCAAAGCAUUAAACAUUUGAUCCGAACUGGGAACAACAUCAUUCCACAACUUAUUAACCGUGUAAGAGAGUUCGAUAAUAUGAACAUCACAGGUAGCAGAGCAGAUCAGGAUUCGCACACUUACCCAAUAAUAGCGAUGAAGCAAAAUCGAAGCACGCUGCAUGUAAGAAAGAAUUUCAUGUUAAGACAAGGCCAGCGUGAUCAAUGGUACUUGUUGAAAAAUAAUAUGAUAAUGAAAUUUAAAAACGCAGCAGAAUCGGAUGGAAAUGUGACAGUAGAGGGUCAAUACUUUCUUCGACAAAGGUCAUACUUCAUGCGACCGUGUAACUCGGCCUUUUUGAAUAUUUAUUGCGUUGGAUUAGAAGACCUUUCAGAAGAAACCUAUACGGUGGGGAUCGAUAAUAUAAAAUGCAAGUUAGUGACAGUUUCUAGCGCAGAUGAAAGUAUGGUGGUGCUUCCGCUACUGCACACAUUAGUGUAGCUAUUCGGUAGAAAACACAUUUUUUUUACAGUUGUCGGAGAACAUCUUGAAGAACAUCGGAACAUUACAUCGAGACUUGCCCAUUAAACACUUUGUGUAAAACUA